AAAACAAUCCCGAUCUGCAACCAUCAACUGUGAAGCAAGCUUCUCCAUGUCCAAACACUAUCGACAUGUCAAGACCAUCGACAGCAUUGCGUGCCUCUGAUCAUCAAAAUGACGGUCGUCCGCACCUUCUGCUCGCAUGCACCGGCUCAGUCGCGACCAUCAAGAUACCUCUAAUCAUCCAAGCCUUGUCAAAACAUGACAUUUCCAUGCGCCUGAUAUUAUCCUCUUCGGCCAGCCAAUUUUUACAAGGUCAAUCUGCAGAACAGCCAUCUAUAUCAUCACUUCUCGAGAUACCAAAUCUCGAGGCUGUCUACACAGAUGAGGAUGAAUGGUCUCAGCCUUGGACUCGUGGUGCAGAUAUCUUACACAUCGAGCUAAGGCGUUGGGCCGAUAUCAUGAUCAUAGCACCACUUUCUGCUAAUUCCAUGGCUAAAAUGGUUGCUGGUAUGGCUGACAGCUUGGUCAUGUCUGUGGUUCGUGCUUGGGAUACGACUGCCAUUCUGGAUGCUCGAAGGCCGAACUUGCCUUCGACUCUUCGUACAUCAACGGGGAAGAAACCUCUAUUGGUUGCUCCUGCCAUGAACACUGCCAUGUGGGCACAUCCUGUCACUCACAAGCAAGCUGCUGUGUUGGAACAAGAAUGGGGGGUUGAGACUGGCGGCUGGGUUAGACAUAUCAGACCGGUUGAGAAGGAACUGGCCUGUGGUGACACAGGAGGAGGCGCUAUGCGUGAAUGGAAGGAGAUCGUGUCCAUCAUCCGGCAGUAUCUGGAUGUUGAAGCUACAGACAAUGUUGCAAGCACAAAAACAAAAUGACUCAGUCAUAUUCACAAGUCAAAAGGAUAAACGAUCAUGAAGUUUUUACUUUUUGAAUUGGAUCAUUUCUUCUAUCCUUCGCCUCUACGGAAUGCAAUGCCGGUUUCGAUGCCGCUAGCCCACACCGUGACUCUGAUUUCCAGUAAGAAGAAAAA